AUGAGUUCAGGCAAUAGCCGGAGGAAUGCGCGAAUCAGAACGAAGUCCUGGACAGAAGCAAAUGACGUCGACGAUGACAACAAUUCUGUUCGCAACAGAAAACCUAGACGAAGAGAUAGAAGUAAAAAUGAGAAUUCGAUUGGAAUUCUGAAGGUUGAUAUAAAAAUCAUGCUAGGCAUUAGCGUAUUGGGUUUCUUCGUUAUUUUUUUGUUGAUUCGCAAUCUUAUUAUAAAGCCUGCUGAACAAGCACAAAGACCUAGGGUUGUCACUCCAUUUCCUUCUCCUAAACUCAUGGACCUUCCUCAAUUUCAAGGAGAGCACAAAGAGAGCUUGUAUUGGGGAACUUAUCGUCCUCAUGUUUAUCUCGGAAUUCGCGCUAGGACUCCUCGGUCUUUGAUUGCUGGAUUGAUGUGGGUUGGUGUGAAGGGUGGAAUGUAUCAUAUGCGGCACGUGUGUCAAGACUCUGAUGAGCUUAACACGUAUGGCUGGACGCAGCAUAAUGGUCGUGAUUUUGGACAUCAGGUGUUGGUUGAUCAGGGAUUGAAGUUAGCUACGAGUUUCUUGAAAUCCAAGAGUGAAGGGAGUGGAUAUGGAGGUGAUUGGGCAGUUCGAAUUGAUGUGCAAACUGACAAAUCUGGGUGGGAUAAUGAAAUGCUGAGACAUGGGCAUCUGUUCUUCUAUUUGGCUGAUGAAAGUGGACGUGCCCUAAGUUUAACAGGAGAUACCUUAGACGUUGAUAAGAACUCUCUUUUAGCAUCAGGUUCACGGUCUGAUGUUGGGAAUUGGCAGCUGCAUUUGGAAUCCAAGGAUGUUUUGGAGCUCCACUAUUCUGGUUUCAGGACACCCCAUAUUCAUAAUUUAUCUGAUCUUGUCCUGCAAAAUCUUGGAGCCCAAGUAAGAAAGUUUGGCCAACUGCUGCUAUCUGACUCUUCCGAAGAUUAUCCAAACAUUCUAGUUUUUCAGAUUUCUGCAAGUAUUCCUUUCAAAGCAGAUAUUGCUUUUAUAUCUGGAACUGAAGUGAAAACUUCAAAUGUAGAAGGACGUGUGAGCAGGCUUACAGGUACCUCGUUGACAAGUCAGCUACAAGAUAAGCAAACAGAGUUUGAUUCCAAAUUUGAGCGGUGCUUUAAUGUUGCUGACAAGCUUGAAUCUGAAUUCACAAUUGUUGGAAAGGCAGCUCUCGCCAAUAUGUUGGGAGGCAUUGGCUACUUUUAUGGUCGAUCAAAGAUUUCAUAUCCUGGAAGUUCUAAUUUAGGAUUCCAUGUGCCGUAUAGUGUGGGGACGGGUACUGUUCCAAGCAGACCAUUCUUUCCAAGGGGAUUUCUAUGGGAUGAAGGUUUUCAUCAACUGUUGAUCUGGCGUUGGGAUAUCCAGAUAUGUUUGGAUAUUCUUGGACACUGGUUAGAUUUAAUGAACAUUGAUGGAUGGAUUCCACGGGAGCAAAUUUUGGGUUCUGAAGCUCUAAGUAAGGUUCCAGAGGAAUUUGUUGUUCAGCAUCCAACUAAUGGAAACCCCCCAACCCUAUUUUUGGUUAUUCGUGAUCUGCUUGAUGGAAUGGAGAAAGACAAGUUCACUGCCACUGAAAGCAAUGAGAUCACUUCCUUCUUAGAACGGGCUUUUGUUCGCUUGGAAGCUUGGUUCCAGUGGUUCAACACUACUCAGAAAGGGAAAGAGAUGAACAGCUAUUAUUGGCACGGGAGAGACAACAAAGCAGCAAGGGAACUAAAUCCAAAGACACUUUCCUCUGGGCUGGAUGAUUAUCCUCGUGCUUCACAUCCAAGUGAGGAAGAACGACAUGUGGAUCUUAGGUGCUGGAUGCUUCUCGCUGCAAAUUGUAUGCACUCCAUUACACAGUUGCGUAAGAAGGAUAAUAAGCCUGAAAAGGAAUAUGGUUCAACUGCUAAGCUACUAUCAGAUUUUGAAAUGCUGAAUCAGAUGCACCUUGAUCCUUCGGUUGGAGCUUAUUUUGAUUUUGGAAACCAUACAGAAAAGUCAAUACUGAUUGGUGCUGGACUACAAUUUGCUAGUCCUACUAUUAUAUCUAAUGAAGAUGGUAAAAUUACUGGCUUAGUAUUCUUGCAUGUUCUCAUGGUUCGUUUAAGUUGGAAAGAGACAACUGUGGGAACUCGAGAACUUGUUCGUGAUGUACUAGAAAGGCCAGUAUUAAGACUUGUUCCUCAUAUUGGAUAUGUCAGCCUUUUUCCAUUCAUGGGGAAGAUUAUUCCAUCUGAUUCAUGGAUUCUGGAGAAACAGCUUGAUCUCAUUUCAAACAGUACCAUUUUAUGGACAGACUAUGGACUCCGUUCUCUUUCCAAAACAAGUUCUAUGUACAUGAAACGCAACACGGAGCAUGACCCACCGUACUGGAGAGGCCCAAUUUGGAUGAACAUGAAUUACAUGAUUCUUUCUUCACUCUUCCACUACUCCAAAGUGGAUGGACCAUAUAGAGACAGAGCCAGGGUAAUCUAUGAUGACUUGAGGGGUAAUUUGAUUAGGAAUGUGGUUCAAAACUAUCACCAAACCGGGUUUUUGUGGGAACAGUAUGACCAGAAGAAGGGUAAAGGAAAGGGUGCGCGCCUGUUUACUGGUUGGACGUCACUUGUGCUACUGAUAAUGGCAGAAGCUUAUACUUAA